AAUCAAUAAAAACAUCUUUUCUUCGAAUCUCUAUCCUCUACUUCUAUUUCUUCUGUAACCUAUUCUAUAUAAUAUAUAUCUUUGUGUUUGUGUGUAUAUAUAGAGAGAUAAUCAUCGCUGUUUUUUGUUUUGUAUUUAAUUCAAUCAAGGCAGGCAGAUUGAUAGAUCAGAUCACAGUUGAAAACGAUGUCGUACGCUUAUCUCUUCAAAUACAUCAUCAUCGGUGAUACAGGAGUUGGUAAAUCAUGUCUUCUUCUACAGUUCACGGACAAGCGUUUUCAGCCAGUUCAUGAUCUGACCAUUGGGGUUGAAUUUGGGGCCAGAAUGAUCACAAUCGAAAACAAACCAAUAAAGCUUCAAAUUUGGGACACGGCCGGUCAAGAAUCAUUCCGGUCCAUCACAAGGUCUUACUACAGAGGUGCUGCUGGUGCACUUCUAGUUUAUGAUAUCACCAGGAGAGAAACUUUCAAUCAUCUUGCGAGCUGGUUGGAGGAUGCUAGGCAGCAUGCAAAUGCGAAUAUGACAAUUAUGCUAAUAGGAAACAAAUCUGAUCUUGCUCAUAGAAGGGCUGUAAGCACUGAGGAAGGCGAACAAUUUGCUAAGGAACAUGGCUUAAUAUUUAUGGAGGCCUCUGCAAAAACUGCUCAAAAUGUUGAGGAGGCAUUUAUAAGCACUGCAGCAACAAUUCAUAAAAAGAUCCAAGAAGGGAUAUUUGACGUAUCAAAUGAGUCCUAUGGGAUAAAAGUUGGAUAUGGUGGCAUCCAGGGGCCGUCAGGAGGAAGAGAUGGUUCGGUUUCUCAAGCAGGUGGAUGUUGCGGUUAAAUAUCUUACAAUGGUUCUGUUAUGGAACGAGUGUUAAAGCUGAAGCCAGGAACUGGUCGUUGGUUGUGAAGCGGUUUGUGGUUUGUGGUUUGAUGACUGUUUGCUCUUGGGUUUUAUGCAUCAUGAUAGGUUAUUGCUCCAUGUAAUUAACAGUUUCUGUUUGGAUAUUUGUGGAUGAACAAGGGAACAACUCUACUAUGUUAUAUGUUUAUUGCAUAUACCAAUUUACUGUAUAAUUUGUACA